UGUCUAUGUCCGUCAAACAAACGAGGAAGUAAUGGCGUCUCGCGUCGUUUCGUUUCCGAUAUUCCUGACAAAUUAUCAUAAAUGUGACAUAACAAUGCGAAAAAAAUAGAAGUCAAAGGAAUUUGUAACUGGCUGCUACAUUGGAAGGCUCGAUAUAUCUUUAGAAAAUGACGAUAUCUAACAUUUACGGGGUGAAAUCUAUCCAAGUCAGAGAAAAUCGGAUAGCCGCCAUGUUGUCAACAUUGACAUCGAUACAAAGGAAAAGCGUGUGUGUUCACGCAUACUGUAAAUGCAAACAAGGAAAUUGUGGAACAUGUUCACACACUCUGGCUGUAAAAGUAGACCUGGGAGGAAAAGUGCCCCCGGUGUGGGGCUCGAACUCACAACCACCAGAACACUAGAACGGCGCUCUAACCAACUAAGCUGACCGGGCAGCUAGUUCUAACCCACACACAUGAUAUUUGCCAGUCCAGGCAAUGUCAACCGCAAGAGAAAACCAGUGAUGACAAGUUUUACAAAUAAUCGGUAGGACCUAUUUUAAAGCUUUUUAUAACAUUUAGUUUUACUUUGCUGUACAAAAGUAAUGGACUAUUUGUCCAGAGAAAAACAACAACCACAAAACAUUAGCUAGUAUCUUGUGACGUCAAUAUUUCAUUAUGAUAUACAUGUAGAAAGCAAACAUCAAAGGCAGUAGCAUUUACAGCUAGUAUUAAAAUAUUUAACAAUACAUGUAACUGAUUUAUUUUAAUAUUGGCAUCUUUUAUUUAUUUCAGGAAAGUGUGGUCUUUUGAAGAGAGUUCUUGAAGUUUUUUUUUUUUAUGGAUUCUUGGAAGGAUGUACCUCUAUGAUGUUAGCUUUAGUUCUGGAGUAUAACACCAGUUGUUGCAUAUUUAUUAUCAGAUUUAUUAAAUACAUUGUUGUUUUGCAAACAUUACUUAAACUUUGAUAUUUCUUUGGUGUUUAUGUAUGAUAUUGUAGGUAAAUAUAUCUCUUUAUUGCAAUGCCAAAUAUAUUUUAAAAUAUAUAGCAUUAGCAGAAGUUAUUUUUCACUGCUAAAGCUGCACUUUCACAGAUUGAUCACUUUGACAACUUACACAGGAUUCGAUUGCAUUUAUCAUGUUUUGGCUCGGAGAAGUUUGCUUUGUGAUUUAUAUAUUAGGUCUUAAUUUAAAGAAUGCCAAAAUAAGCCGAUUCUGAGACAAAAAGUGUCAAACUAUAAUUCUGUGAGAGUGCAACUUUAAGAAUACUGUUAAUCGAGUGUGCAUGUGAUCCGGACAUUAGAUGAACUAUCAUUAAAUAUUGUAGAUUUACGUAGACUUGGGUUUGCAUCGACAAAAAGGGAGGACAUGUGAUCAGCACUCACUGCACUUGCAUGGUGGCUUAAACAAUUUAAUUGGGUGAAGCUUGUAGUCACAUUGCUGCUUUGCUGUUCAAGAUGAUGUCUGCAGCAUUGUAUGGCCUCGAUGAAAAGUCAAGGACAAGUGUUUCCUGUGCUUGGAACCAGUUUUAUAGGAAAAAGGUGCAGCCAAAACCUGUGGACAUGAUUAAUUUCGACAACCCAAAACCUCUCCGGAAGAAGCGCUGUCGAAGAGUCCUUUCCACUUCUGUCGAGAACGAUGAUGGGUUUGACGCAGCCGAGGCACUCCGCAGUCUAAAGCGCAUUUGCCCUUCCGCAUGUAUCCUGACUAAAGGCGACUCUGACACUGACACUGCAUCAGAAGAUGAAGACUUACCACCAGUGCUGAGCAGAUUCCAUGAGGUGGAACAUGAGUCACUGAGCCCUACAGACCUGACAAAUGUCAGCGAUUUGUUCGUGACUUUCAAGUACUACCCCAACAGGUCAUGAAUCUCGAGGAGAUGACAAAGGGCCAACAAGACAGUGUUCUGUGGCAACGACAGAGAAGGGGGCGACUAACAGCCACAACAGCACAUGAUGUUCUGACCUUAAAGCAAGCAACAACAAAGUCAAAUGUGCUGAAGAAAAUAAUGAAGUACCAUGAGUGUGAACUUUCAUUGAUGCCAUUAAGUUUGGCAGACAGUACGAAGAAACAGCAAGAUCAAUGUAUAGUGAUAAAAUGAGGCAAAGUCAUAAACACUUUAAUGUAUCUGAUUGUGGGCUUUUUGUUGACAGCACAUUCCCAUUGUUUGCAGCUACACCCGAUGGACUCAGGGAAUGUUCAUGUCAUGGCAAGGGGCUUGUAGAGAUCAAGUGCUCAUACAAACAUAGAGACUCAAAAAUAGAAGACAUUAAGGAUCAGACUUUCUUCCUCAAUAGUGACAAUAAACUGAAAACUAACCACCGCUACUAUUCACAAAUUCAGUUUCAAAUGUAUGUUUCUGGGAAGACAUUUUGCGAUUUUAUGGUGUUCACAUAAAAAGGAAUAGUAAUACAGACUGUGUACCCUAUGAUCCUGAGUUUGUAAAUAGGUUAAUUAAAAAGUGUGCAGAUUUUGCGAUAAAUGAUCUUGUACCUGAGAUUAUUCAACACAAGUUGAACAUGUAAAAAGAAUUUAACCUUGUGAAAUAUACAUAAAUGUCCUAACUGUUUUUGACUCUAUUCUUCGAAUUGUUGUAUUAAGCUUUCAGGAUUGUUCAAUAGUAUGCCUUUACCUUAUUUUAUUAUGUACUUAAUUUUCAUUGUAUUGUGAAGCUUGAUAUUUUUUACUCCUUUGCAAAAACAUUGUUUGUAGUUUGUAUUUUUGCUCCAUGCAUCAAAAUUGUGUUUCUCUUUUAGCUCACACUCUCAUAUAAAUAAAGGUUGAUUUUUA